UCCAUUGCAGGUUCUGUUUAACUUUUUUCCACUCUGGCUUUCAUUAUCUUUCUUCGUAUGUUUAUGAUCUCUGACUAAGUCAGAAGAUGAUUACUUUAAUGAGGAGAUCCACUUUGAAUAAAAGGAGCGUUCUUGUUCUACUUUCUAUAACCAGAAAUUGCAGCUCUCUUCCUAUUUGUGUGGAAAAGGGAAUAAAAAUCAGAGAGAGAAUGUUCAUCGGCAGGGUUUGGAUUGUGCUUACAAUUUUUGCAGGAGUUAGGACAGCUCUUGGUCAGACAGACACACUGGAUCCUGGCAAAUCUUUGGUGGAUGGCCAAACCUUAACCUCUGCAAGAGAAAUCUUUGAGCUGGGAUUCAUCGCACCGAGCAAUUCGAGCAACAAAUACUUGGGAAUAUGGUUCAAGGAAAUCUUUGACCACCCUAUCGUAUGGGUGGCCAACAGAAACAUCCCUCUCAACACCUCCACAGGACUGUUGAGUCUCACUGCAACUGGGGAUUUGUUACUGUUAGAUCAAGCUGCAAAUGCUACUGUUUGGUCGACGGGCACAUCGAAUGCUAGCAGCUACCCUUCACUCAGGCUCUGGGAUUCAGGAAAUCUCAUCUUGACCGACAACAUGUCGGGUAAUAUCUUGUGGCAAAGUUUUGAUCAUCCUGGCAAUACUUUUUUGCCCGGCAUGAAGAUUGGAGUGGACAUCAGAGCCCAGCUCAAUAAGAAUCUCACAGCAUGGAAGAGUGUGUCUGAUCCUUCUCCAGGGGAGUACACCUAUGGCUUGGAAACUCGAGGAAUACCUGAAGCCUAUACAUGGAAAGGAACCUCUCCGAUCUUUCGAACAGGACCAUGGGAUGGCCAACGUUGGAGCGGCCGUCCUGAUAUGGCCUCAAACAAUGUUCUUAAGUUUCAGUUUGUCGAUGUCAAAGAUGAGAUAUACUACACAUUUGAAGGCCUGGACAAGAAUUUCCUAGGCCGAGCAGUUAUCAAUGAAAGUGGACAAUUGCAAAGAUUCGUUUGGUCGAAUUCGAGCAACCGAUGGGACCUUUAUUGGUCGGUUCCCUCAGAUCCUUGUGAUGAUUACGCCAUUUGUGGAGCAAAUGGGCAUUGCACAACCAACUAUUCGCCUAUAUGCCAAUGCUUGCAGGGUUUCAAACCCAAGUCACCUAAAGACUGGAACCUUAGAGAGUAUGCAGAUGGUUGUGUGAGGAUGACACCUCUGAAUUGUUCAUCAGAUGGUUUUUUGCAUCUGCAAAAUGUGAAGCUGCCUGUCACUCUCAAUGCCAGCGCAGCGAGCAACAUGACACUCGAUGAGUGCCGAGAUUUGUGCUCGAGGGACUGUUCUUGCAUGGCGUUUGCUAUGAUCAGAGGCAACAUGUGCGUCACUUGGCCUGCUGAUCUGAUGGAUAUUAGGUCAUUCGAGCAAGGAGGCAAUGAUCUAUACAUUCGGCUUGCAGCUUCUGAAUUAGAUUCACUAAGUGGUUCAGGAAAAAAGAAAUCACUGGCAAUGAUAGUCAUUAUUCCAGUGUUGAGUUUCCUUUUGCUUCUAUUUGUCGGUUUAUUCUUAUGGUUGAAGAGAAGCAAGCUCGUUAAAGUAGUAAACUCCUCCACUUCAAAAGAAACAGAGCCGGAGUUGCCUUUAUAUGGAAUGCAUUCAAUAAGAACUGCCACUAAUGGAUUAUCGAGAGACAAUAUAAUUGGAAUUGGUGGAUUUGGCCUUAUUUACAAGGGUAAGCUAGAAGAUGGACAGGAGGUUGCUGUGAAAAGAUUGUCUAAAGAUUCUGCACAAGGUAUAGAUGAGUUCAAAACUGAAGCUUUAAUCAUUACCAAACUACAACAUCGGAACCUUGUUCGUCUACUGGGUUGCUGCAUUGAGGACGAGGAACGAAUGUUGAUUUACGAGUACAUGCCCAAUAAAAGCCUAGAUACUUUUAUAUUCGAUGAAAGUAAGAGUACAUUACUGAAUUGGACAACGCGCUUUGACAUCAUACUAGGAAUUGCUCGAGGCCUCCUUUACCUUCAUCAAGAUUCUCGACUAAAAAUCAUUCAUAGAGACUUGAAGGCGAGUAAUAUUCUCCUCGAUCAUGAUUUAAACCCAAAAAUUUCAGACUUUGGGAUAGCAAAGACUUUCUGUGUGGGACAAACCGAAGGAAGCACAAAUAGAGUCAUUGGCACAUGCGGUUAUAUGUCUCCGGAAUAUGCAAUGGGAGGACAUUUUUCAGAAAAAUCAGAUGUUUACAGCUUUGGGGUCUUGCUGUUGGAGAUCUUGAGUGGUAAAAGAAGCACUAGUAUUUUUCAAGCAGAUCAACCGAAAAAUCUAUUAGGACAGGCAUGGAAGCUAUGGACAGAAGGUAGAUGCUCAGAACUUCUUGUUGAAUCAAGUGGAGAUUCUUAUACCAUGUCUAAAGCAUUAAGGUUCUUUCAAGUUGGUCUAUUGUGCGUACAAGAAGGGAGCGAAGACAGACCAUCAAUGUCAGAAGUAGUUUUGAUGCUAAGCAGCAACUCAGUCACGCUGCAUCAGCCUAAUCGUCCUGGGAUUUACGUCGCCAAGUCUUGCAUGUAAGGAGUUUGCCUUUCUAACGAGUACACUAAAUAUGUACCGGAGGGGCGAUCAAGCUGAAGUGAUCCUUAUAUUGAUCAAAGUUCUAUCUGUAGGUUGCUUAAGUUUUUUUUUUUUUUUGGUAUAUUUGUGAUCCAUAUAUCGAAAUGUCUUUUGUAUAUAGGUAUAUAGUUUCUAGUGUUGUCAAAAUGACCCCUCCAUGAUAUGUUUCUACACUAUGCAACAUCUUGAUGAUUUAUGCAUGCUCAACGAGUUAGCUAGCCUAUAUUAUCA